CAGACUAAGUACCGAGAAGUUAAACUCCUUAAGAGAGCGUUCAUCUAGUAAUUGACAGGGCUUCAAUAGCGUUUGGAAGAAUUUUAUACAAGUUCACCCCUUACUAUACCGUUCUUUGGUAUAAACGCAAUAACCAAGCAAGACAUUCACAUUAAAACCAGGCCAUCCGCCCCUCCGCAAAUCUCCCCAUGACCCACUCCCAUCGCUUGGAAGUUGUCCAACAGCCUGUAAGGGCCCGAAUGUGUGGCAUCAGCGACAAAGACAGACGGCUCGUGUGCCCUCCACCGUGCGUGAAGUUGCAUGUCACAUCUGCCAGCGGGGCGUCUUUGACACGUCUUGAAAUGGAGAGCUUGGACGUCUCCCCCCUUAUCCUCGUUACCGAAUUGUACUCGGUGGAUCAGAAGGAAAAUGUUUCCGUUAUCCAGACCUCCUACCAAGCCCCUGGCCUUUACAACGAUCCAGAAGAUAGUUCGCCGAGCUUGCACAGUAGGCCAUUUCUGGCCAGCGGCCUGCGAGCCCGUGCCGAAGGCGGCUCUGAAACCGAGGCUUCUGAUGAGAAUGGGGCCACUGUAAAUGGUGUAUACUACGAACUCAGCAGCUCCGUCUCCUAUAAACCAAACUUUCCAAUCACUUUGGAUGGUUUUCAUGCUCCACAUCCACUGGCACUUCAAAGAGUUCGUUGUGUAACACCGCCGCCACAGUCCCGCCAACACUCCUCUGGGGACUCGACCGUGUCUGUACCCCGCUCACAUCUGCCCUUGGAUGAACUAGAAAACCAGAUCGAGCUCUCUCCCGAACGUCCGGCCCCCCACGCAUCCCAUCACUCGGCCACCGAGACCUACGACACUAAAACACCAACCAUACAGUACAGCAGGCCCCAUGCCUCUUUACAGCCCGUGAGGAACCUUAUCGGGAACCUUGUGUCUAAUGCGUAUAAGCUCAACGACGACACUGGCAAUUUCGGCGUUUGGUUUAUCAUCCCUGAUUUAUCCAUCAGGAUCGAGGGAGAGUUCCGCUUGAAGUUUAGCUUGGUAGAUUUGAGCAACAUGUCACUGCUCAUGAUCCAGCACGAGGAAAAUGAGGAGGACGAAGAUUCAGAUCCCGAGGAGAAUUAUUCGGCAGGGGUCCUGGUGGCAGCGUUCAGCGAGGUUUUCCGGGUCUUUAGUGCGAAAAAGUUUCCCGGUGUUUUAGAUACCACGCCGUUGAGCAAAUCCUUUGCUGCUCAGGGGAUCAAGAUUCCUGUCAAGAAGGAAACUUAUUCUAAAGACGCUGAUUAGUGAACUAUUUAGAUGUGCCGCUUUGCCAUGUUGCACUCACAUACCCGCAUAUACUCUUUCUGCAUUUUACUGAUUUUCGGUUACUUCUUGUUCUUUCCUGUGGUUUGGAGUUGUGAUUAAUAGAUCUCGCUACUAACUUCUAUCCCAGGGAUCCACCCCUUAAUAUUUCCCUUCCCACUUCCUUCUCCGAGUCUCUAAUCCAAUUACUAUAUUUUCGUGCUAGCCUCUCUUUGUUUGGGAUUCAUGUAAAUUUUGUCCUUUGCCCGACUUCGUUAGGCCGGGCUGCUUAUCUGAGCUGAAUUCGGCAAUUUGCCUUUCUUGUUAAGGUAUUGCUAGUAUGUUAAAUUACCAUUCAUUGUGGUUAAAAAAAAGACUAAUCAGGCCUUCAUUACCCGCAUUUAAUUUUUAGAUGAAAUAACUUUCCACCUGAGUUAAUUACUGCA